CACACACUAAACCCAACCCCCAUCACCUCACCACCUCACCUCAUCUCAUUCCUUUCUCACCCAAAACUCCCUCCCUCUCUCCGUCUCUCCCCCACCCCCAAGAAAAGAAAAAAAAGAAACCCCCCCCUGUUGUGGUUUUCCUCCUCGGCUGCUCUGCCUGCUUUUGUCUUUUCUCCCUUGGUAGAUCUUAUAUGAUGCUUAGCCUUGGGAUGUAAACUCUCACCUCCCUUGCGCAUCGUCGCCCUCUUGAUUCCCCUUAUGAUGGGUGGUCUUACCCGCAUUCUCCGCCGUGCUCGCGAUUCCGCGUCACUCUACCCUCCAACUCCGUGCUGGACUCAAUCCAGUAACAAAGAGUUUCAAGACCUGGGAAAAGUCCAAACAGGAGUCUCGGCCUCUGCGCCCUCAUAUCAUAUCGACUUUCGCCGAUAGCGCCCAUAGCAUCCACGAUAAGAAUGGCCGGAGAAGAGAACCAGCAACUGCUGGUGGAUUCCGCGCUGGUACAAUCGGAUCUCCAAGCUCAACUCUCGUUAUCGACCUUUGAAAGAGUCCUCACCACCCAUACGCCGAUUCUUGAAUCCCUCCUCCUCCAAAUUCCGACUAAUUCCAUACUCUCGCUCUAUCACACUUCCCGCUACCUGCGUUCGUUUCUCCGCUCAUACCCGACAGCAUGGAAGUACCUCUCGUUCCGCCUUCUCUUUCCCUCGGGCACACCUCCACCGAUUCGCGUGGUUCUCACGGGCUCCUCGGAGGCAGUGGUGCCCCGGCAGUCGCGACCGUAUGCUCUCGAUCAACUCCUGAUGAAUGUGGUGCUGCCGUUCAGCCCGUGCUUGCGCAGUCUCGAAUUAGAUAACACGGCGGUCUCGGGUCAGAUCCUUAUCUCUACAGUCCUUCAUGCGCGACGGGAGACACUCGAGCAUCUCUCUGUGCGGGGAUGCAAGAACGUGUCGCUCAAAUACCAUAUCAUUCCUUACUUGACCAUGUUUGGUCUGCAGUACGAUGUGAAUAUGGAACGCAACAUUGGCAGCUCCCCUGCCACCAAGCACCUGGCGCUGAAAAGUCUAUACACUUAUAGAUGUCGACACCAUCGCCGUCGUCCAUACCUGACAUCCUCGCUAUCGCGAAAGGAUUCGGACUCGGAGCCCACACAUGAACUGGUCAACCUUUGUCACAAGUUGGGCAUCUGGACGGAUACGGCCUGGUGCUCCACUCCCGCUGGACGAUGCUUUCGUCGGAGGGGAUACGUAUCGUUGCGGGUUCCUCAGGGCUCGGCUGAGGUAUGGGUGGUCUUCGACCGGCUCUGGAGGUCAAAGAAUUGGAUCGGACCGAUUGAUUCGAACAAUCGGCCGGCUACGCGGGACGGCAAACUGUGGGAGCACAACGAGACGGGCUACUGCGGUGAACCACUGGGAACGGGCGAGGUCGGUGAUCUAGGGGAUGGCAAGAUGAAACCGGCCCAUCUUCGUCGGAGUCACGCGCAAUUUGUCCAAAACAUCCGCUGUGACAACUGCUGCGAAUUGAUUGCUGAACGGUGCGAGCAAUGUAGUAUCUUGAUGCAUUGUGUCGGUUGUCGAAAGACUCUCUGUGCCAGCUGUGCAUACGACCGACCUUACAUCGCUGGCCAGUUGGAGCUUUCUUCAGGCGAGGAGUCAACCCCCUUCUGGUGGGCCCCCGGCGCGCGGGUUUCGCCGUGUCUGAUGCAAGACCCCGUGGAACUCACCGAUCCCAACGCAAUCCCUCCCAACACUAGCGCUCUGACGCCCUAUCCUGCCCUCAAGUUGCACUGGUGCUGCACGGAACCUAUCUUCUCCGGAGGCGGCGGGAUCAGUAUCGGAACUUCCAAUCGGGACGUGGAUCAGGUACGCGCAGUGCCCUUGCCCCGGGGACGGGGGUGGGAGGACCUUGAGAUUUCAGCCCAAGAAUGGAGCAAGACCUUUCCUCGCGACGCUUACGGGGACCCCCGACAGCCGGACUAUACGCUCGAGACAGGCCACAUCGCAAUGAUGAAGUGGUUGCUCGGUCCACCCGACCGACAACCCUCGGCUUGUCCUCGGAACCUGUGCCAAGACUGCUACGAUACGCCGCAGUGGAAGGUGCAUUGCAAGAGCUGUUCCAAGCCGUUGUGCAUUGAGCACGAUCUCCGUGGCCUACGGUUGCGAAUCUGUGGCUACCGGGACUUGACCAUGGAAAAGAUGGAGAUUCAGAACCACGCCGCAUCAGGUUCUCGCGGCUACCUUGCCCCGCACAUGGCGUAUCCCAACUCCGUCCCUGAGAUCGAGUUACCGUUCCGGACCCAGCGUAUGCUCGAUUCCACGACGAGCAGCUUCACUGAAGACCACGGUGACGGCGCCGGGGAGGUGCGUAGUCGCGCUCUACCCGAGCCCCCGGGGCCCGCUUCCUUAAUCCAUCGCCGUUCAAGGAGCCUUUCGCUGUCUAACUCCAACCGAUCUCGAUCCUCGUCGCCCUCGUCCAACUACUGUGACUCUCCGUCGGAUCCAUUCAGAUGGCAAGGCUGCCAAUCCUUCUUCUGCCCGCAGUACCGUGCCGUCGGCGACCAACGCCAGCGCUGCGUCAGCGUGCUCCGCGAAUGCACGAAUUGCGCGGUCUACGUGUGCCAGGAUUGCGUACGAGCCCAUCCGCCCUGCAAAUGCUCUUUCUGCGAAGUCAACUACAUCUGUCCAAACUGCGUCAAGGCGCGCGAGCGCGAGGGGACCUGCCGCCGGUCAGCAGAGGAGAAGGCCCGCCGCGAGCAAAAAUGGAAGGAAGACAUGCGCAUGCUGGAAGGAAUCCUCGAGGCCAAGCUUGCCAACGCGACCGCCGAGUAUGCGGGUCAGUUCUUCGGAUCUCUCGAACGCGGAGAAGGCAGCCAGGUGGUCGAGGUGGAAGACGUGCAACAUGCUGGACCCAGCGCGACUGGUUUCGACCCGAGAGACUCGCACGGGCUCCAUGAAGUCGAUCUCUUCGGCGAGGAGAACUUGACGGAUAGUACGGAAUGAUGAGGUUGGGGGAGGCACGGCAGGCAAGCCCAUUCACUUCACUUCACGGCGUUUCAGCGAUAUGGGGAGCAUCUUUGCUCAUUUUCUUAGCAUUUGUGUGAAAGCAAAAUUACAUUCUUGGGUGACGUGGGGGAAUGGUAAUCUGCGAUGGCAUUCUGCAUUUACACUGAUACGUUGAAGGGCUACAGUCCUGAUGCGCCGGGAGCAUGGAGACUGUUGGUUCGGAGGAGGCAGGUAUAUAGGCAAGAUUUUCAUGAUAUCUUGUAAUUGCUGUCCGACGUGAUGGAUUGAAGACUACAUCGUAUGUACUGCACUAC